AUGGGGGAUAUUUGUUUGACGAAAGCGAUGUCGGUAGCAUUGUUUGAGCGAUCUUAUGAUAGACAGUUUGUAAUUGAUUUGGAAAACUCGUUGGUGUCAUUUAUGGAGUCUGAGCAUGUUUCGUAUCAGCUGGCUCCUAUGAACUCUUACUAUCGGCUGCUGGCACACCAAUUGGCCGAGUACCACGGUCUCAAACACGCUCUGGCGAAAAAUUACGAUACUUGUGUGGUCGUUUUCAAGGGAGAGUCGUUUUCACGAAGUCUCGAUAUACCAUUGUUGCAACAUCUUGAUCUAGGAAACGAGUUGUAUCGCCAUCGGAUACGGGAAGUGGAAGGGUCGAGGAAAUUGGGAUCUGGACCGGUCCAGACAACCCACAGCAACGCAAAUAAUGUGCGAGUUUUGGCAACUCAAAAACGCGCCAAUCAUACCGCUUCUGCUAAAAUAGACGGUCCAACAACGCCUCAAAAGUCACGCAUUGCGGCAAUCGACGAAGAAGAUGACUCUCCACAACCUCGCCAGUUUGAAACGUCCAGAUACAGUUUCGAGCAACAGGCGGAAACCCACCGUCAAAAACGGCGUUCCCACAAAAAGUCACAUUCGCUCACAACGCCCCCAAUCUAUAGCCAGCCUAUGGCCGCCCCACCGCCUCUUUUCAAUAUACCCAUCCCCUACAUGAUGUACAAUCCUUAUGCCAUGAUGUACAUCCCGCCCGAGCAUCAAUUUCCGCCUUAUUAUCAGGGCCCUAACGCACUUCAUAUGAGCCCAUAUGCCAAUUACAACUCCGCAGUAGAACCACCACGGAUCCUUGAGUCGUCCAGAAGCGAUAACAGUGUUUUCUCUGGCAGGAAAUCUGAAUCCACGACGGACAACAGCGGACAGGCCGAAAAAACGAGGUGA